AUGCGCGGCGGGAUCCCCGUGGUCAACGUGGACUUGAGCCCCCCGCGGCACAGGCGCGUGCGAUCUGGUCCGGUAAGCCUGAACGUGGAAGGCGAGCGGAAAACGGCCGCGCGGGCCGGCGGGCGCGAGCGCAGAUCUGCGGGGAGAGCAACGCCGGGGGGAAAGGUGGCUCCGGCGGACGUAGGGAGCAUCGCGUGGGCCGCGUGGCAGCAGCAGCAGCAGCAGGAGAAGCUAUGGCAGAAUCAGGGGGGGAAAGCGGCAGGGGUAAACGGGCCUAGCAGCGGAGAGGAAGGAGAGGUGGAAUAUGAGGGGGAGGACGAGGACAGGGGAGGGGAGAGAGGAUCUGGAAGGAGGGAAGGGAGGAGGCAGCGGGGCGAGAAUCGAAGUGUGAGUGGCGAGAUGGAUCUAGAGCUGUAUGGGAAGAUCCGUGGGGUGGAUAGGAGCCAUCACAGGCGGAGCCAGAGCACGGUCCUCACGAACUUGCAUCACCCAAGCCUGAAACAGCAACAGAAGGAGGAGGCGGCGGCGGCGGCGGUGGCGGAGGAGGAGGAGGAGGAGGAGGAGGAGGAGGAGGAGGAGGAGGAGGAGGAGGAGGAGGAGGAGGAGGAGGAGGAGGGGGAGGAAGAAGAGGAGGAGGAGGGGGAGGGAGAGGAUAAGCGAAAGGAAGAGGAGGAAGAGGGAGAGCGGGAGGGAGAUGAGAAGCGAAAGGAAAAGGAGGAGGGAGAUCAAGAGCGUUUAUCAUUGGAGCAGGCAUCUGCGGUGGAAGCGAGUGGCAAGACACAUAAAGACAGCAACAGUGCAGGCAGCAGUCACGACGAGAAUGCUGUGGGAAGGAACGGCUCCAAGGGUGGUGCUGCUAGCAGCACCAGCACCAGCGGCAGCACCAGCGGCAGCACCAGCGGCAGCACCAGCGGCAGCACCAGCAGCAGCAGCAGCAGCAGCAGCGGCACCAGCAGCAGCAGCAGCAGCAGCAGCAGCAAUCCCGCAUCUCUCGGCAGCAUAACAGCGCGCAAGCGGUGGCACGAGGCAGUGCGGCACAUCAUCCAGUUACAGCGCGUGGCACAGGCCAUGAUGGCCCCGGCAGAGGUCGCAGCAGCCGUGGGGGAGCUCUCCGCGCUCUCCCUCUCCCGCCAGAGCAACCUCCUCACCUCCCGCAUCUCCGCCUGCCGCCGAGCCCUCGUACACUCUCGAUCCGCGCCUGCUGGUAGAGAUUUUGGUGUGAGAACCGGUGGUGGGGAAUCGGGUGCGGCGAUGAGAGGUGCGGGCGGAACGGGUGUUGUUGUUUAUGGCGGCGGCAGUGGCGGGGUUGGUGGUGGUGCUGCUGCUGCUGGGGGGGUUAGUGACUCUGCGGUUGCGAAUCUGCUUGCUCGGAAGCAAGGGUUCCAAGGCACCCGUCUGGCCGAACGCCUGCUUGCCACGCCGUGGGAUGACAACAGCAGCAUGGGGGGGUUAACUGGCAGUGCUUCUGGUGCGGCUGGUGCUGCUUUCCCCAGAUCUGUGACUAUGGGGGCGGGCGUUGUGAGACACGCGGAGGGGAUGAGGGAAGGAGGGGAGGAGGAGGUGCCGAGAAGAGUGGGAAUGUUUCCUCGUGCUACCACUUUCGGUGCUGCUGUAGGUGGUGGUGGAGGCGGAGGAGGAGGAGGAGGCGGAGGGAGCAGGGGGGGACUGGGGUGGAAACGGACGAUGAGUAGAAGCAGGCUGGGUAGAGCGAGUGGCGCGGGGGGGGACGAUGCAGGGCGGGGUUCAGAUGGGCUGGGGAGUGGUGAGCAUGGGAUUGGUGAGCAUGGUGGCGAGAAUGGUGCGGACCCAACAACGGUUGAUGAUGAUGAUCCCUCAACUAUCGCAGAGUCACUCUCUCUUCUACCUCCUCUACCACCAACAUCACGUGAGCUCACCUCAGCUUCUCACGCGUCCUCUCUAAAGCAAAAGCCGCCGUUGCCGUUGCCGCCGAGUGACUCAACAACACACGGAGCGUCUCUCUCUGGAAGCGGUUCUAGCGGUUCUAGCCGGAGCAGGGAAAGCGGGCUGAGUUGCACAGCAGGCGAAGCUGCUGGGCACGCAGCAUGUACUGCAGCAUGUACUGCAGCAUGCCCAGCACCGUGUCAAGCAGCAGAAGGAGAGGGUUCGAGCUGUCAGGGGAACGGCCACCACGUGGGUCACGUGGGUGGGUCAUUUGGAAACGCGAGCGGAUCCAGCAGUGGCCACGUCAGCAGGAGUCAGCAGCUGCGCACGCUGACGCUCGCGCGGAUCGCGUCGUUCCGGAGUGCCAGCCUGGCGAGAGGCACGCAGGGGGCGGGAGGCGGGGGAGGGGAGGCUGGGGAGAAGGAAGGGGGGACGGAUGCGAACGGGGAUGAACAGUCCGAUUCUCGUGACUGCAGUGGUGGUGCUGCUGGUGAUGCUGCUGGUGAUGCUGUUGCUGCUUGUGACGGCGGUGGUGGUUGUGACGGGGAAGUUAAACGGCGGCCUCCCCCAUUGAAGCUGGAAGAGCUGAUGGGAGUCACAGGGGAGGAAGAGGAGGCGGAGGAGGAGGAGGAGGAAGAGGAGGAGGAGGAGGAUGAGGAUUGGGAGGAGGAAGGAGAAGGGAAAAAUCGCGGCGGUAUCGGCGACCCUUAUACCCAUGGUUCUGCUCCUUCUGGUGCCGCUGGUGCUGAUUCCGGAAUACGGGAGAUUAGCUACAGGCUUGGCCUUGCGACAAGCAGACGAGCACAGAGCAUCAGCAUUGGCGCCAGCACUGCAUCAGUGCGGGAAGUGCCGCGAGCAGCGUUAACAGCAGCAGUAACCUCCAUCUCCUCCUCCUCCACCCAAUCCGCUGCUUCAUUGCCUCAUAUGCAUGGGGGCGAGAGCAAUACCAACGAAAUGUGGGGGGGGGAGGGGGGAAUGGCAGGCGAAGAACCAGCAGGAGGGAGGACUCUAGAUGCCAACGCCACUCUUGCUGCCGCAGCGGCUGCCGCUGUCGCUGCUGUCGACUCCACUGCUGACACAGGCAGGGAAGAAGAAGGAGGAGACUUCCAGGCUGCUGCUGCUGCUGCUGCUGCUGCUGUCCCCCGUCGCGCUGCUCUCCUGCGUGCCUCCACCUUCUGGCAUCGCAGCAGCAACUCCUCGUCUCCCUCUCGCACCCGCCCCGGGAAGCACAACCGUUCUUCCUCUCACUCGCUCUCACACUCGCCCUCGCGUGCCCGCAUUGCGCACAGCAGCAGCAGCAGCCACAAGAGUGACGCUAACCAGAACCAGCACGCGUCCAAGCCGUCUCACGCUUCCCCUGCUGCUGCUGCCCUGGCAAGGCUUGCAGGUCUUGCCGUCCCUCCCGCCUCGUCCCCCCCCUCUUCAUCCUCCGCCUCCUCGUCUGUAACUCGUACCCGGGGUAAGCGAGCAGUGCUGGCAGUGGCAGGACACAGGAUUGCAGGGAAGCUGGGAGUGAGAGGCUUGGGCGGGGCAGGAAGCAGCAGGGGGAGCGGGUCUGUGGGGACGAAUGGAACUGUGAUUCCCGGUGUAGGUUGUGCCAAUCUGCCGCUGGUGCCUCGGGCGUUUGCUUAUGCAGAGCUAGCGCUUGCCACUGAUGGGUUUGCGAAGCGGAAUAUGAUUGGGUGUGGGGGGUUCGCACGCGUGUACAAGGGGAGGUUGCUGGAGGGAAAGAAGGUGGCGAUUAAGGUUAUGCGGAAGAGUAAGAGUGGUGAGGCGGAGUUUAAAGGGGAGAUGAGUGCGUUGACUCAUGUGAAUCACCCUAAGAUUGUCCAGCUGCUUGGGUUUUGCAUAGAAAGGAACAUGAGAAUGUUGAUCUAUCCGUUGCUGAGUAGAGGGAGUUUGGAAGGGUAUUUGAAGGCGAUACGGGAGGGGGGGAUGGUGGGAGAGGGGGGAGAUGGGGAGGAAGAAGAGGAGGAAGUGGAGGAGGAGGAGGAAGAGGAAGGGGGGGAGGAAGGAGAGGAGGAGAGAGUGUCUGAUGGGGCGGGAGCAGAGGAGGAGGGAGAAGGGAUGGGGAAGAAGCUAAUUGGAAAGGAAGAGGCGGUUGGGGUGCAAGAGAGUUUGGGUAGUCUGAGGGAGGCGAAAUUAGGAGAAGCAGCAGGGCAGGGGAAACGCAGCAAGGCAGGGGGUGGCGGGAAGGGAGUGCGGUCAGAGGGCGAGAAACGCAAGGCGAAGAAGACAAAGAGCAAAGGAGGAGCAGGAGGAGGAGGGGGAGGGGCAGCGAGUGGGUUAUCUUGGGCGAGGAGAGUGCAGAUCGCAGCAGGGUUGUGUGAGGCGGUGCACUAUCUUCACCACGGCAUGGGACGCACUCUGUUGCACCGAGACCUUAAAGCCGCCAACGUGCUUCUUGACAGCAACUGGCAGCCCAUGCUCGCGGAUUUCGGGCUGGCUUUAUUCCUGGAGGAGGGCGGCGAGCAGGGGGAGGUGCAGGAGGUGCAGGGCACGCUGGGGUACAUGGCACCCGAGUACUUCAUGUUCGGCGACAUGGGGCCCACCUCUGACGCCUACAGCCUCGGGAUUGUCCUCCUCGAGAUCAUCACCGGGCGGCGCGCCAUUGAGAUGGACCCUCCCCCGGAUGAGGACAACAAUCUCGUCGUCUGGGCGCUGCCGAAGCUGAAGAGCAUGCAGGUGGAGGCGAUAGUGGACCCGUGCCUGAGGGGCCGCUACGACCGGGCAUCACUGUGGCGCACUGCUGCGGCUGCCAUCAUGUGUCUGCGCGAGGACCCAGCCUUCCGCCCCCCACUCGACCUCCUCGCCCGCUUCAUCCGCGACGACUCCUUUGACAACCCCCAGGUGCCCAAUCUUCACACGCUCUUUCACUCUCCUUGCUCUCCUUGUUUGAGGCGCCUCAAAGAAAGCAUUCCGUCCCCCACUCGACCUCCUCGCCCGUUUCACCCGAGACGACUCAUUCGACAACCCCCAGGUGUCCAGCCUUUUCAAGCUUUGCAAUCAUUGCUGCCAGCUUGA